AUGAAAUUCUUUACCAACGCAUCUUGCCUUCUGGCCUUGGCUACGAGCGUCGCCAUUGCGGCUCCAGCACCUGGCCCAUACACGGCAGCACCAGCCAAUGCGGCAGACAUUGAGGGCUUCUACCAAGAAGCCAUGACGGCCAAUCGCAGGGACGCCCAGGAUGCCGCGCCCGGACUAUCGCAGGUUCUCACUGCGAUCGAGAAAGCACUUCCAAAGGGGAUUUCCAACCAGCUGCAGGCAGCUGUAGCGGAACUAUUCAAGGCUGGUGAUGCCAUACUGAAUCUACCUCUCGACGCUAUUGAAGGGGGCCUUAAACUCGAUGGUCAAAAAGCUCUGGGUGGAUCUAUUUUGAACAUUCUGAAGACUCUUGGAAGUCUGCCGAAGGAUGCCGGAAAGAUACUCGGCGUGGGACAGAAACCUGCAUCGACAACCGCAGCCGCAGCCCCAACCCCAAAGGUCUGA